CGUCGUCGAGUCAUUGAACAAAGAGCAGACACUGCGACCAGACAGACCGUAAUCAGACCACACAGCUGACAUGGGCAUCCAUGCUGAUAAGGAUAUGGAUAUUUUGCGUCCACUUAGCGAUAACGAAAUCGACGAGCUGCUCGCUCUCUACGAGCGCAAGUAUGGGCCACAGAAUUUUCACUAUUUGCUGCUCUACAAUCAACGCAAGUGGGAUGGACAGCUGGCAGCGGCGGGCAUAGCCCGAGACGAUCCCGCAUACAUUUCGCUGCGGAAACAAUUCUAUACGCAUCGGCAGGGCGACUUUCGUCGCUUCGGGACCUACGUGAGCCUCCAUCAAGACAUUGUGCAGAGCGUCUCCUUCUUUAGUUGGCAGCCGGAGGGCGCUCGAGAGCUCUGGGAGUGCCUGGAGCAAACGAGACUCAUCGAAUGGACACGCGGUGCACUGCUCACCAAUGUGGAUCCUGUCUUUUGUGAGCGUGUCAAGUCGCUGGCCGCACAGCGAGGCGCUCACACGGUCCAGGCCCGUCAAUGCUACGGCAUGCUGCUGCCCCAUACCGAAGCUGCCAAGGCUGAGGUGCCCGAGCUGCUGUCGGAGUUUGAGCUGCGUCCGUUGACGGAUGAGGACGCCGCCAUGGUGCACGGCAUUUGGCCGAACAAGGGAGAGGGCUCCCUGGCCUACCUGCGCGCCCUCAUCAAGUUCAACAAGACGCUUGGCGCCUGUCGCAGCGACACGGGCGAGCUGAUUGCCUGGAUCUUCCAGAAUGAUUUCUCUGGCUUGGGCAUGCUGCAGGUCCUGCCAAAGGCGGAGCGACGCGGCCUCGGUGGUCUUCUGGCCGCUGCCAUGACCAGAAGGAUAGCCAGAGGCGAGCAAGUGGCGCUCACCGCCUGGAUUGUGACCUCCAAUUGGCGCUCCGAGGCCUUACUCAAGCGCAUUGGCUACCAGCCGGACAUUAUUAACGAGUGGAUCAAGCUGGAGCCAGUUGUGUGACGAGUGUCCCUCCAAGGGCCAAGGGUCGUGCGUUGCGGUGCGGUGAGGUACGGUCCGGUCCGGUUCGGUUCGGUUCCAAUGAGGACAAUGAGUUUGAUUUGCAUUUUCUAUGCCUAUGUACAAGGUUAACAUUUUAUUGUGGCACACACACGCUUUCUGAAUACACUUGACGGCUUCAUCAAA